CUAAACCUGUACGAAGGCAUUUGUUAGGCUACGGUUUUGCCGUAACAGGAACAUCAAUAGACUGAACACAGGAAGCCAACGAAAGCUAUUAAAAUGAGCCUAUACUCAUCGAAUGGCGAAAGUUCCGAUUCAGAGGAAGAGGACAUUUUCGAGCUGCCGGCUAUCGCUGAUCCGUUUGUGUGGACUAGAGGGAACAUCGAAGAGUUCAAACACGAGAUCGAAACAAGCAAUACUGGAAUGCUCAAGGUAUGCAAUGGGGAGAUUUUGACAGUUCGAAUCCCAACGGCCGAUGAUGGCCGCUACAUCUAUUGGGAGUUUGCUACGGACGAUUACGAUCUGGCUUUUGGUGUCUCCUUCGAAUGGAACAAGUGUCCUGAUCCCGAAGUAACACUUGAUGUUAACGAUUCGGAAAGUGAGGACGAUGACGAUUUCUGGGAUGAUGACGAAUACCUCACAGAUGUGAAUGAUAUAGAAGCUCCAAAAAAAGAACAGAGAACCGAGGAUCAUCCGACAAGUGUCGUCCUACCUACCUACCGAAGGAACAGCCACCAAGAGGUGAUCAUGGGAUCCCACAAGUAUCCCGGCCGAGGUGUUUACUUACUUAAGUUUGAUAAUUCUUAUUCACUAUUCCGGACGAAGAUUGUCUACUAUCGUGCAUACUAUGGAAAGUAACUGGACGUGUAUCGAAUCCUGCAAUGUUUAUGCACCACCGUUCACAGGCUGAUUAUGCUUACAUAAGUCCAGAUUUAUAUAUCUAUAAGGAAUUUUUAGUUUAUAAAUUCAUCGCAUGAUGCUUCUGUAAUAAUAAGAACAGAACCCGAUGACAGCCCGCCACCUUCCGUCGAAAAAAGGUUAGGCAGCAAUUGAAUGCGACCACUGGCAUUCAAAGUUACUGUUGUAGUUACUGCUGUUACGGUUACUGGAUUUCCGUUUGUUACUAAUUAAAAAUGAGUAUCAUAGGCUUACCGGCUAUUAAACUCAGACUGCUUGGUAAAAAUACGGGAAACUUGCUUAAGCCUGAUGAUAAUUACUAGCGCUGAUCGUAUCCAAUGUUAAAUGAGCUGAAUCACAAGCUGGCUCGUAUCUCGUUCAUGUCUAUUGAAAUGUAGAGACAAUUGUUGUCAUUGAGAUAGAUCGGUUUGAAAGUAUUGACCAAGUUCCCAGUCUAUGUAGACAGGGCCACGAGAAAAUUGUGCCAUCGGGAGUAAGGGGACAUAGGCUAACAAAGAGGUUCAGGCGUGUCCUUCAAAUAAUGUUUGUCGCGUUUUCCGUUCGAUCAUUGAACAUUUGAGUAUGCAUUUUGUAUUAGCAACCAACAUGAUCUUCUUAGUAAAUCAAUAGC